AACCAGCAAGAAAGACAUUUCUCUUGUUGUAGGAUAGAGCAUAGAGAGUAACAUGGAGAGGACAUUUUCUCUGUGUUUAAUUCUUUGCUUAUUUGUGGCUUCAGGACCUGCCAAGACCGCCAAUGCUGACUCGGCCUUUGAUUUUUACUAUCUUAUCCUCAUGUGGCCUGGAGCAUACUGCUCAGACAGUGAGUAUGGUUGCUGCGUGCCCAAGUACGGGUACCCAUCAGAAGAUUUCUUUGUCCAGAGCUUCAUGACCUUCGACUCUUCGGAGAACAAAGCCGUCGUCAGGUGCAACUCCGACAAGCCUUUCGACAUUAACAAGCUUGACUCAAUCGAGAACAACAUAAACCACUACUGGAGCAACAUCAAGUGCCCCCGCACCGAUGGCACGAACACAUGGAAGAGCGCGUGGAACAGCUAUGGCGUCUGCUCAGGUCUCAAGGAGCUGGACUACUUCAAGGCCGCUCUUCAGCUCAGGAAGAACGCAGAUAUCCUCUCUGCACUCUCUGAACAAGGGAUCAAGCCGGACUACCAGCUGUACAGUACGGAGUUCAUCAAGUGGGCGGUGAGCCAGAAGCUGGGCGUGACGCCGGGCGUGCAGUGCAGAGACGGACCGUUCGGGAAGCAGCAGCUGUAUCAGAUCUACCUGUGCGUCGACAAGGACGCCAACGGCUUCGUGGAGUGCCCCGUGCUGCCCAGCCUGCACUGCCCCGCCCAGGUGCUCUUCCACCCCUUCCACACCUGGAUGCUCAACGCCACCUCGUCAGCUGCCAGCAGCAACAUCGUCAUGCCCACUGAAACACUCCUGGCUUAAUUAAGAUGGAUACUCCCAGUGCAUGUAUGUAUAUGCAUAUGGUCUAUCUAUUUCUGCGAAUAAUUGAGCAACUUUGUAUAUUGUUGCCCACUGGAAAAUAAGUGCACUAGUGCUGUAAUUUGAAAUGUUGUAUCACAUUCACAUCUGCUACAUGUGCAAGUCUUGUGCACACUUGUGAGGUGAAUAAAUUAUGGAUAUGUGUGUA